AUGAUUGUUUUCUUUAUUUCAGGAAAAGCUGGGAUUGUAUCCAAGCAAGACGCAUCCACUCAAACUGACUACGAGGAUGUUCUGUUUAACAUGACAACAGGGGAGCCCAUCCAAUUUCCAUAUACUUACUACAAUCCAUCCUCCUACAAAAACGCAUACAGGCGUCGGGAAAGCGUCGACCGCGGCAGUAAAACGCUUCCGGCGUACUUCCGGAGCGGGCUGGCGUCUGAUCAGUGCGACCCGCCUGUGGUGAUCGACUUCACGCGACCCCACGCACCCCGCGAUGACCAGUCGAUUGAUUCGCUGGGCAACCCGGCUCCUAAAAGAGCCGAGAAAAGACUACCGUCGUUGAGAUUGGAUUUGCUGGCCGCGCCAAGAUCACCUACUACAGAGCUAGUGGCGAAGGACCACGGGUUCGCUCUAGAAGGCGUUGAAGUUCCUCAUUACCCAGGCGGUGGAUCCCGUUCCUUGCCGUCUAGCGGUAGUGAUAUCUUCAAAUCAGCGUCAGAAUCGCGACGAGAAAGUAAAGCUUCGAUUAAACCUCUGACCCCCUCACCGGCUGUGAUAUCCCGGAUACACAGCCCCCACACGGCACCCGUGAGACAAACCAGCGGUCACCACCAUCACCAUCACCACCAUCACCACCGCCAUCGGAGACCCGAGUCUCUAGACUUCAUGUUGAACGUCCCCCCAUCCCAGCCCCCGCCUAGUAAAAAGUCAUCAGCUCUUCCACCCCGUUCAUCGCGAGCUCAAUCGUCGUCGCCUCGCGGGGCUAAAGAACUAGAAAAGCACGGUCUAAAAUUACCCGCGGACCUCCAAGAACCCAGAUCGGCUCCGAUUCCCAAACACAUGUACCACCAAGACGAAGAGGGGUUCUUCUCAUCCUCACAUUCCUCUUCUUACAAUACCAGCCGCGUGUAUCAGCCGGACGGGGACAGUUCGAGAAAAGGAAUUUUGUUUUUCAGUCGCCUGUCUGGCGCAGGCAGAAACAACAGCAACAGCGGAGGCUUCGGCGACCAGAGCGGUGGAAGUGCCGGUGGGGCCAUGUAUGGCGCGUUUGGCAAGUCCGGCUCAUACAGGAGCGGUGGGUUCGAAUCCUGAUGAGUAAUGUGAAAGUAGACGCUUUGUACUGAGAUUUAUUUUACGUUUUGUAAUGUUAUUAUUGCGAGUAUACAAUUGCAGAC